AUGACCGACCAAGAUGCUUGGGCUAUCCAAAAGACCAUCAUGCAGACCGAGUUUCCCUUCAUCAUUCUCAAGUCACUCCAAUUCGCACUCUUCCGUACAUAUGGAAUACAAACCAUCUCCACCCUUCUUCUGAAAACUUCCCAAUUCUCCGACUCUGCCACUUCCUUCAAAAGAUAUGCCGACACAGGAACAUUAAUCGGCGAGUUCAUGGCCUUUAACCCAAGCUCAGAACGAGCACAAACAGCAAUAGCCCGAACAAAGUUCCUACACAAGGGAUACCGAGCCAGCGGAAAGAUUCUCGAAGCAGACAUGCUCUACACGCUGAGCCUCUUCGCCAUCGAACCAAUCCGAUUCGUGAGUCUAUAUGAGUGGCGCGAGAUGACAGAGAUGGAACGUUGUGCCAUCGGUACAUAUUGGAAGAGUCUCGGCGAUGCACUGGGUAUCAGCUAUGAUGCCCUCCCCUCAGGUAAGAGUGGCUUUCAGGAUGGAAUCCAUUGGCUGGAGGAGAUAGGUGCUUGGAGCCAGCAAUAUGAGGCUCGGCAUAUGAACCCUCACCCACGCAAUAAGGAGAUUGCAGAUAAGACAAUCGAUGUGUUGGUAUACAACCUACCUGGAUUCAUGAAGCCGCUCGGCGAGUAUUUCGUCUCAUUCCUCAUGGACGAACGCUUGCGAAACGCAAUGAUGAUGAAACCACCUCCAGCCUUCUUUAAUCUCACUUUCGCGUCGAUAUUCAGGCUACGUCAACUAUGCCUGCGAUAUCUGGCUCUCCCACGCCCAAAUUGCAUGCGGUUGGACGUAUUCGCUGAGAAGCCCAAUAAACACGGCCGAAACUGGGUACUGAUAUAUGAAGGCGCCCCGUUCUAUGUACAACCUACGAUCUGGAAUCGCUGGGGACCCGUGGCAUGGUUCAAGUGGGCUCUUGGGCAGCCCUUGCCUGGUGAUGAUGGUGACAAGUAUUAUCCGCAGGGUUAUUAUACUCUUGACCUGGGCCCGAAGUACUUUGAGGGAAAGGGAAGAAAGGAGCUAGAGGCUAUUCAAGAGACUCUGCGUCAGGAGCGGAUGGGGCAAUGCCCGUUUCCAUAA